AUGAUACAACCACCCACAACGGCUUUAUCGGCAGGCCCAGACGACGCCGCGAGUAUUUCAGAAAUGUCCGCCGCGAUAAAUGCUCCUCACAGCUUCCCCGCUCCGCCAUCGCCGCAACCACACAUUAGCAUCGAGCAAUUUGCUGAUGCCGCAAGUGAAUCAGCGCCUGCCCCUCUCCUAUCAACCCCCCCUGCUGCUCCAUUAAGUCCGUUGAGACAUCAUAAGAGGACUCCAUCGCAGCACCGCGAAGUCAAAGAGACUCUGGACGCCAAAUACACCAACGACGAGGUUGACGGUAUAUCGCAGUCUACCGUCAAUCAAUAUAGAAUCGGGGAAGAGAUUGGCCGUGGCUCUUACGGCGCUGUCCAUCUAGCUACCGACCAGUUUGGAAACGAAUAUGCCGUGAAAGAAUUCUCAAAAUCCCGCCUGCGAAAGCGGGCGCAGUCGCAUAUCCUGAGACGUCCUGGACCUGGGACACCACAUCACCAGGCACCCGGGACGGGACUGAACAACUUCUACAAAAAGCAAUUCGGUCGCCAAGAGGAUGCCGAGGCCAAAGACGCCUUGUAUUUGAUACGCGCCGAAAUUGCCAUCAUGAAGAAGCUUAAUCACCCCAACCUUGUAGCCCUGAUCGAAGUCCUUGACGACCCCGAAGACGACUCUUUAUAUAUGGUACUAGAAAUGUGUAAAAAGGGUGUUGUCAUGAAAAUCGAUCUGGAUCAACAAGCUACCCCCUACGAAAGUGAACUUUGCCGUACUUGGUUUCGUGAUCUGAUUCUCGGCAUUGAAUAUUUGCAUGCUCAAAAUAUCAUCCAUCGUGACAUAAAACCUGACAAUCUUCUCUUGACAGAAGACGAUGUGCUCAAGAUUGUUGAUUUCGGAGUCUCCGAAAUGUUUGAAAAGUCAAACGAGAUGAUGACAAACAAAUCUGCCGGUUCCCCCGCCUUUAUACCGCCAGAGCUCUGUCAGGCGAGGCAUGGAGACGUUUCCGGCAAGGCUGCUGAUGUCUGGUCAAUGGGUGUCACACUGUACUGUCUGAAGUAUGGACAACUGCCAUUCAACGGGCACCAUGUCUUAGAUAUGUACGAAGCCAUUCGAGAAAAGCCAUUCUUUCUUCCUGAAGGCGAGGACGCGGACUUUGCGGAUUUGAUUACACGGAUCUUGGACAAGAAUAGUAUCACGAGGAUCACAUUGCCGGAAAUCCGAAACCAUCCCUGGGUCACGAGAAAUGGGGAAGAUCCUCUUCUGCCCGAGGUAGAAAACUGUUCUGACGUGGUGGAAACACCCAAUGAGCUGGAGGUGAACCACGCUUUUACACGCAAGAUGGACCACCUGAUCUGUGUCUUAAAAGCCAUACGGCGUUUCAAGGGCCUUAUUUCUCAAAGUCGAGUCACAACUCCUCGAACUCCCUAUCCGCCCAGACUACUACCAAAAACAAUAACGAAGGCAGAGCUUCCGAUAUCUUGGCCAGCUUCGCAACAACAAUCCGACGCAGCCGAGUCAGGUCAGCAAAAGUCUGUAGCGCAAGAAGCAGCUGAGCUUAUUGAACAGCGUAACGCCUACCUCAGAUCAGGUCUAAAUCUCGGGCCUAUAAGCUCGGAACAGAAAAUCGAGCCACAAUUCCCGGGCUCCACCGAGAAAAAUGCAUUAUUCCUCGGUAUUGGCACAGGUGGAGAGAACGAAUUGUCUUCACCGGACAACAUGGCCUUCGCGGAGUCGCCCACAGGCAUCGACUUUGACGUCUACAAUCGUGCUUUCGAGACAGAGAUCAAGAGAAUUCGCUCAGACAGGAAGAAGAACCGAUCCUGGACCUACAUGACGAAGAUGCUCGGCGAGAAAGAGAUGGACAAGUACGUUGGGGACGACUGCAUGAUCGUCGAGGCUGGAAAGUCCGCCGCGGCGAAAGCGCAGUCUCUCGUGCACAAGGCCGAAUGUAGCCGUCGGGAAAGCGAGCAGCAAGAGGACCCCGAUUCCGAGGGAGGUUCCCAGAGAGCAGUUGAAGUAGCAAAGGAAACGGGAUCCAGAUUGGCAGACCUCGUAGUAUCGCUGACAAGGGACAUGAAAGAGAAAGCAACGACACGAGAGGGAGGCGAUUGA